CCUAGGCUGUGCGACUUGGCGAUGAUCGGCGUACAGCUUCCGUGACCUGUAGCCGCGCGUCUGUGCCUGAGUCUGAGCUAGGCUGGGUGCGGGCACCUCCGCGGGGGAGCAGCCGGAGAGGGAGCCAUGGGGACAGUGCACGCCCGGAGUCUGGAGCCUCUUCCGUCGAGUGGGCCUGACUUCGGAGCUUUGGGAGAAGAAGCUGAGUUUGUGGAAGUUGAACCUGAGGCGAAACAGGAAAUUCUGGAAAACAAAGAUGUGGUGGUGCAGCAUGUUCAUUUUGAUGGACUUGGGCGGACUAAGGAUGACAUCAUCAUAUGUGAAAUUGGAGAUGUUUUUAAGGCUAAAAACCUCAUUGAGGUAAUGCGGAGAUCACAUGAAGCCCGUGAAAAACUGCUUCGCCUAGGAAUUUUUAGGCAAGUGGAUGUUUUGAUCGACACAUGUCAUGGUGAUGAUGCACUGCCAAAUGGAUUAGAUGUCACUUUUGAAGUGACAGAACUAAGGAGGCUGACGGGCAGUUACAACACCAUGGUUGGAAACAAUGAAGGCAGUAUGGUACUCGGCCUCAAGCUCCCCAAUCUCCUAGGACGUGCAGAAAAAGUGACUUUUCAGUUUUCUUAUGGAACCAAAGAAACUUCCUACGGCCUGUCAUUCUUCAAACCACAGCCUGGAAACUUCGAGAGAAAUUUCUCUGUAAACUUAUAUAAAGUUACUGGGCAGUUCCCAUGGAGCUCACUCCGGGAGACCGACAGAGGAGUGUCUGCCGAGUAUAGUUUUCCGAUCUGGAAGACCAGUCACACCGUCAAGUGGGAGGGUGUGUGGCGGGAACUGGGCUGCCUCUCAAGGACUGCAUCAUUUGCUGUGAGGAAGGAAAGUGGACACUCACUGAAGUCAUCUCUCUCGCAUGCCAUGGUCAUCGACUCUCGGAAUUCAUCUAUCUUGCCAAGAAGAGGGGCCUUGCUCAAAGUCAACCAGGAGCUGGCGGGCUACACUGGAGGGGAUGUGAGCUUUAUCAAGGAAGACUUUGAGCUUCAGCUGAAUAAGCCACUCAUGUUGGAUUCGGUAUUCUCCACAUCUCUCUGGGGUGGAAUGUUGGUGCCCAUCGGUGACAAGCCAUCCAGUAUUGCUGACAGGUUUUACCUGGGAGGUCCCACAAGCGUCCGAGGAUUUAGCAUGCACAGCAUCGGACCUCAGAGUGAAGGAGACUACCUGGGAGGGGAGGCAUACUGGGCCGGAGGCCUGCACCUCUACACCCCACUGCCCUUCCGGCCAGGCCAGGGUGGCUUUGGAGAGCUUUUCAGAACCCACUUUUUCCUCAAUGCGGGCAACUUGUGCAACCUCAACUAUGGUGAGGGCCCCAAAGCCCACAUCCGGAAGCUGGCUGAAUGCAUCCGCUGGUCCUAUGGAGCUGGCAUUGUCCUCCGGCUUGGCAACAUCGCUCGGUUGGAGCUGAACUACUGUGUUCCUAUGGGCAUGCAGCGGGGUGACAGGGUCUGUGACGGCGUCCAGUUUGGAGCUGGGAUUCGGUUCCUGUAACUUAAGUUACAGCCCCAGGUCAGCUUGGAUAUGCAACGAGAAUCUCCUGGGCCACAGGCCUGUUUGGAGCUGACACAGUUGAGUGCUUCUGGAUCAUAAUCCUUAUGGGAAAUCAGGUUAAUAAAUUUGAAACACUCA